AUGGCCAGAAGAGCAAUUAGUAAAGACAGCAAUCUAAGGCAAGAAGAGUUGGGGCCAUCUCUCUCAGUUACUCCGUCUGCUGUAUCCAAAUCGUCGGUCAGUCAUCAGAGUGCCGUCACUCUUAAUUAUUUUCCGGAUGAUUUCGAAUUUUCAGCCAUUGUUCAGGAGAUUGAAGCUGCAAUUGAGGAUGGGAUCGAUCCCACGCUCUGUGCUAAAGGCAGCAGCGGCAGUUACUUUGUAAGAGAUCGACAAAAGCACAUCAUAGGCAUAUUUAAACCUAAAGACGAGGAGCCAUAUGGGCAGUUGAAUCCAAAGUGGAAGAAAUGGAUUCAGAAGCACUGUUCUCCAUGCUGUUUUGGUAGAGGAUGCCUUAUUCCCAACCAGGGAUAUUUGUCAGAGGCAGGAGCCAGUUUAGUUGACAGAAAACUAGAACUAAACAUCGUACCCAAGACACGGGUAGUUCGAUUAGGCAGCACUGCUUUUAACUAUGGAGCGAUAAUACGAGCAACGGCACGAACAAAGAAGAGCAUUGUUGAGAGCGUUCCUCGGCUGGGUAAACGUUUUAACAGAAUUGGUUUGCCACGAAAGAUUGGAUCUUUGCAACUAUUUGUUCAUGGAUAUCAAGAUGCAGAGAUCUGGUUAAAGAAAUUUGACACCACCCCGUUGUCAGAGCACACAGCAGAGCAUUUCCAGCAUUUGUUCGAGCGCUUGGUUGUGUUGGAUUAUAUCAUCAGGAAUACAGAUCGAGGAAAUGAUAACUGGUUAAUCAAGUAUGAACCAGCCCCUCCAAAGACCGUGGUUACUACAAAAGACCACAGUGUGAUCAUCGGAGAAACUAAUAAACUAUUCUCAGCACUACAUCAUAUUCCAAUGAUUAGCAAUCUGGAACAACCUGCUACAAACAUUUAUCCUUAUUAUCAGUGUAUGGUGAAGCCGAUUUGUUGCAUACACGCCCUGUUUGAUGUGGAUCCUGAGGUCGUUGUGAAGCCACCAAUAGAGAUUUAUAUCGCUGCAAUAGAUAAUGGCCUGGCCUUUCCCUUUAAGCACCCAGAUGAAUGGAGGGCAUACCCUUACCAUUGGGCAUGGCUGCCGCAAGCUAAAGUACCAUUCUCCAAAGAAAUACAGGACCAUCUGUUGUCAAAACUGCAAGAUCCAGCUUUUGUACGUGAAUUAUGCGAAGAUUUGCGCGCUCUUUUUAAGAUUGACAAGGACUUUAGUAAUCACACAUAUGAGAAACAAAUGAGCGUGAUGAGAGGGCAGAUUGCAAAUGUGGUAGAAGCACUACAGGAAGAGAAAACUCCUCUCCAACUCGUUCAGAUGCCAGUGAUGACAAUUGAACAUAAACACAAAAAGACAAGUCGAACGCCAUCUUUACAGGAAGAAUUCACACGGCAUUUCAACCAAACAAGACCAACGUUUUCAUGCUGUUAA